AUGGAACAAACAUUUCGGGUAGACAUUUCUGAUAUUCUUCCAAAAGACAAGAAACCAAAAUCAAAUAGAAAAGCAAUUCUAUCCAUUAAACGUCGAGCAUUACCAUUGGUACCUGCUUAUUGCAUUACAACACACAAGAGUCAAGGCCAAACAUUGAAUAAAGUUGUGAUCGAUCUUAAAUUACCAAAUGAAACUGAAGAUAUUGCCGCAGUUUAUGUACCAUUAUCUCGUGUAAAACGUUUGGCCGAUCUAAUCAUCUUACGACAAUUUGAUUUCAAGGUGUUACUAAUUAAACCAAGCAAAUCUCAAGUCACCGAAAUGGAAAGACUGGAUCAACUGUAUUUAGAAACUCAAAAACGUUUUUCUCAUUGGUUUCAAUGA